AUGGCUUCUUCAUCAUCUUCUUUUGUCUCUCAAGAGGAGUUCCACAUAUUCCAUUCCAUUGACCGAGAGCUCUACACUAUUCUUGUGAUCAACCUCUGGCGAGAUCCAGUGGAGUCUAUUCAAGUUAUGGCCUUGUGGCUUUGGUUGGAGAAACUGGGAUUUGAUAAUGUUGUGAAGAAGAUGACAUCCUUGCCUUACAUUUUGAUCAAUGAACUUGCAGACGAGGCUAUAAUAUGCCUCAACUGCAUUCACAGGAACCUAACAUCUUCCUCAUCCGAGAACUAUGAUAUUCCUCUCCUUCAAGUGCUGGUGGAGAAAGAGAUAUCUCUCCCAUUUUUCCUCGAUAAUCGGCUAAAAGGCAUUGCAGGAGUCGCGAAAAUUGUGAACGAUGUAUGCGUCAGAGCAUUCUCAGACAUAAUGCAGAAAGCCAUUGAAAGAAAUGCUGCUCAAAGCUUAGCAGAAAGCCAGAUGGCAAUGUCAUCUUCGAUUCAGCAAUCCUUAGCUGUUCACUCAGGACUCCAUCUUUUGGGAGCUGCUGGAGGCGAUCUGAUUCAGCAGCAAACCCCAGGAAAUCCUGAGAUUCCAGCAGAUGACAGGACCAUGUUUGUUACAUUCUCCAAAGGCUAUCCCGUACAAGAAUGGGAAGUGAGAGAGUUCAUCACAAGAUCAUAUGGAGAUUGUAUAGAGUCAUUGCACAUGCAAGAAGUGCAGCCACAUGAGCAAGCCUUGUUUGCUCGUAUUGUUUUUCACAAGGCUUCAACCAUGGAAAUGAUACUCGGCGGCAUCGGAAAGGUAAAGUUUACCAUUAAUGGUAAGCAUGUUUGGGCUCGAAAGUUCGUACCAAAACGUAAUAAGUCCUCUUCAUUGCUGCCACCACUGAUGCCAUCUCAUUUGCCCGCCGGCACCUCAUUCCGGCCUUGA